AUUUCUCCGGCAGCUAUGGAGCCUGUUUCAACGGAACACGGCACGAUGGAGCCUCCUGCAGCGGCUUUGCGUUCAUCUUUGGGAAAACGCAAGGCGGAGAUCCAAGACCUUAAGGAUUCCGAUGGCGAGGUCGAGAAAGGAGGUUCUUCUUCUCCGACCGAAACCACGGCGGAGCACUCCGAAGACGACGAUUCCAAGGAACUGGAAUGGGGGUACGACAGCUUCGACGGCCUCGAAUACGCCUCCCCUAGGGAUUACGGGUUUUCCGACGACGAAUCUUAUCAGAAAUUCCGCAGAUACAUGAGGCAGUAUUAUGUAUACAAGGGGUUUUACAUUGACCCAAAAAACAUUCAACCGUGCCAAGGGGGAGGAAUCGGUCCUUACACAGUUGAAGAGCUGGAGAAAGUGUACGUGGCACCAGGCAAAACCAAGCGUCAGCAAAUGGAAGAAUUGGCCGAGGAGGCUUUGCAGAAAUACAACCAGAUUAAUGGAACCAAUGUGACAUUUGAGAAAUUGGUGAGGGUGAACAUAUCAUGGUCCACUAUAAGUAGAGUAUACAUCACUCUCUUGGUCAAGGAGAAUCCCGACAAACCUGAUGAACCUUCAGUGGAGUACCAAGCGAAGGUGCAAAAGAGGAUUGGAGAGAAGUAUCAACCGAUCUUUUGCAGGCCAGCCCCCUUCCAAGUGAAAAGAAUUGCAGACUGAUGCUGCGGUGCCAUCAGGCGAGGAGGACAGUCGUAUGUUUCUAUUCUUUCACGUUUUUAAGCUGCGUAUGUAGUUUUGGACUUGGACAUCCGCAUGCGCAUAUGUGUUUGGUAUGUCCUUUAUUGGGGAACGAAAAUGUCUUGCACUGGUAUUUAUAUGACUGAGAACACUCCGUUGUAAAUUAAUAAUCUGGUUAAAA